AUGUGUCACACUGGGAUUACUUCCUCCAGUCUCCAGUUUUACCAUGCUGCGUGUCGGAUAAGCCUGUACUUAACCGCGUUCUCCUUUCUACUACUGCUCAGCUACGCCAUUUAUCAUUGCCUUCAAUCGGAUUACAAACCGCCACUGUCGACGGCCUCACUAGCAUUCACUUCGAAUGCUAAACACGACCUGUCCGGAACCGACCAGUGGAUCCUCUCCUGUCUGGCACACGCCGUCCAGGAGUGCAAUACUGGUUUCAAGGAGUACCUGUUCCCUCGUGCUACAACCGCCUGUUUCAACUUCUGGCUCUACGAGUUUUGCGACGUCUAUCUGGCAAGUUGUAUCACUUAA